AUGGCUUUUUACAAUGGAGACUGCGUUCUUCAGACUGCCAAAUCUCUGUCUUGCCACUAUCAGUCUGGCGAACACGAAAAUGUCUUCUCCACGCCGAUGGCGAUGUCGCGUUAUAUGUUGUUGGAGCCGCGUUUCGUCUCGGAUAACUAUACGAAACGCCGCCGUUGCCACCCCCUGCUCUGUAUCGGUGUAGGCACUGGCAGUUCGACGGGCCUCAUUCUUGUACAGAUAAAUAGCCGUGUAAUGGCUGCCAGUCUAGAUAGCCAUCAUCAUCAUCCAUUUAUACACCUAUUUCUCUUCAUUUGCAGUGCUCAGCAAGAUGCUGAGGCAUUAGUUUGCAGCUCCGUUGUGUCUUUGCGCCCGAGGCUUCCACCACGUGACGCUCAUCAAGAUGUCGCCGAAGUUGAUGACUAG